ACCGCGCAUUGGAAAAAAAACUGGUUCACGCGGAUCUUCUCCAACGUCUCUUUUGGACAAAGGACGGAGCGUUUCGCAGGGCGAUGAUGACUUUUAUGACCUUUUCUUCCCUAGCCCUUUUGUUCAUGCUUUCUUUUCAAAGUCAAUUCUUUUGUCAAUUGAACAUAAGAACGUCAAACAAAGGGGCAGCGGGACAAUCACUUAGAAAAGAUACCACACACACAAAGAUACGGGACGGAACGGCGACUGGCGCGCGGGAACGGAUUGGAAAACAAGAGCCCCCUCGAGGGGCGCGCAACGACAAAAAGGAUUGGCGCUGGAACUUUCUUCCGCAAUGAGAUUGUGGUCUUUUUUUUCUAUCGAACGAUUUGAUGACAAAACUUCAAAACUUCUUCAGGCUUGUGCCAAACCCUUUUACCAGGUACAUGGCCCCAUCUCAGACACACUAACGUCAAUUACCAUCCAUGGUGGUGGUACUAAGCUAUAAGUGGGCUGAG